ACACUUUAGCAUGUAGCCGCACGUGAGAGCUAACAGGCUAACAGCUCCUCACCGGUGGAGUUUAGAUGUUUUCCCGGAUAUCUCUAGGUGUACAAGGAUUAUCAAAAACACAUUUUAUAUUCGGACAGUGUGCAGUUUUAACAUUCACUCUUGGUGGUGUCUCGGCCUCGGUUUGUCCGUUUAUCAGACCUCGAGCUCAUCUUUUCUUCUGUGACCGAAACUUCUCCAGAAUCCGUCCAAUGCCUAAAAGAGACAAGGUGAAGGGGCCAGUGUCUGCAGGGGCCAAAGCAGCAGAACCAUCAGGACCAGUGUCACGGGACAAGAGCGGAGCUGUGACCAUAACAGUCCACGCCAAACCUGGGUCCAAACUCAGCGCCAUCACCGAAGUAUCUGCAGAAGCAGUGGGUGUGGCUAUUGCAGCGCCCCCUACAGAUGGAGAGGCCAACGCGGAGCUCAUCAGGUUUCUGUCUGAUGUCCUGGACCUCAGAAAGAGUCAGAUUGCACUGGACAAGGGCUCCCGAUCCAGAGACAAACUGAUCAAACUGGACUCGUCUCUCAGCCCAGAGGAGGUGCUGCAGAGGCUUAAACAGACUGUGAGCUGAAGACUCAAACAUGAAUUGAAAUAAACCCUUAUAAUUUUAAUGGGCAAAUGGAAAAAGGAGAAGGACAAACAAAUAGAAGAGAAUGAGAAUGAACAACUGAUGAGUACUUGAAUAAAAUCUAUGACAGAAUAUAACUGUCACUCAAAAGUAUUUAAAAUAUGGCAUCGAUGAGGGAGUGAAGGACACAAGUAUGUAAUGUCGCUAUUGGGGAACAAACUUGGUGUGUUCACACUUGCCCUUGUUUGGCCCUUGUUUGAGCCCAGUUUGAGUCCUAUUGCAGAAUGGAUUUGGUUCUGUUUUAGUCCUGGCUUAGUUGAUCUCCGUGUUUAGUCCCAGUUUAGUAGUUUGUUUGUAUUGAAUGGACCUAGACUUUGUAAUUCUUAGGCUGGACUGUAGAUGGUACUGUGUCUCUUCUAGGUUUGGUUACACUGAUGGAGAACUUUGAACAAACAGAAAAAAAAUGUGAAAAAAGAAAACUCAUCUAUUUACAUGGAGACAAGGAGAUGAUGUCACCAGGACAAGUUACAGGUCAGACCUGUGGAGAAGCAAGCAUGUUUACAGCAUGGAUGUAUGUCUUCAAUUUGUAUUUUUUGCAAAAAACAAAAUAACCAGUUAUUGAAUAAAUGCAAUAUAGACAAGUUUAAUGCUGUGGAAUAUCACAAGCAAGGCAAUAACAAUAAUCUCCAUGGAGACAAGCAAGUGACAGACUCACCAUCUCAGCAAAAAAUUACAUAGUUCAUCUUUAAAAAUACUGCAUAGCCCUAGUUGAAAGUGAAUACUGGCUCCUGGCCCCAUCUGAGAACAUCAACACCAUCUACAGCUCUAGAUGAGUCUGUGUGGGUGUAAUCUCUCAUUCAGUCCAAGGCAGAAAAAAGUUUCAGAGGGAGUCAUCUGGACACUGUGUCUGAAAUCAAGUUUAAAUCCCAGUGUCUCAGACCAGUAGCUACAAAUACAAAAAAUGUGGCACACUACAGGCCAAACUUUUUUUUUCUUUUUAAUUUGGUCAGUUUGCUCUCUUAACAUAUAAAUUGUCACAUACAAACCACAAAAUUGUCCCGUCAGCAAGUUUUAACAGGCAAAAUGAAAAUGAAUUUUGUUUAGGCCAAUUUAAUACUAAAUACUAAAAACAGUCCCCUCUGUCAUUUUUCUGUAUCUAAUAUGUCAACAAAAUUAAGCAAUAAAUUGACACCUGCCUCUG